AUGGAAUCGCUUACACCCCAGGAACAAGGCGACGUAGAAAUGAUGAUAUCCAUGAUGGGCGGGGACCUCUCGCCCCAAGUCGCGCUCAACCUUCUCCGCAAGCACAAUGGCAGUAUUGAGAAAGCCGCGUCUGCGUUGCUAGAAGGGGACAGAGGAUCGUCCAGCGACGCUAUGGCCGUGUCGCCAUCGCCCGCUUCUCGCCCGCCUCUCAGACAAGGCACGCCACUUCAACCGGACAAGAAUGUCAUUGACCUCACCAGGGAAGACGAAGAGAACGAACUCACGCGCGCACUGCGAGCCUCUCUCCAGGACCAAGCGCCCGUCUUUGGUCCCAGCAACAGAGCUCCUGAUCCAAACUGGGCAAUGGUCCCUUCCAAUGUUGAGACCGCCGUUGGCAUGUCCCAGGACGACCAGUCUUUGAGCAAGGCAAUCGAAGCCAGCCUGAAGUAUGACCAUGGGAAUGAUGUCUUUGAGGAAGUGCCUAUGGAAGAGAGAAUACGCAAGGGCGACCGGCCCGUUGCUCUACGUCCCACGCAAGGUUCCUUAGCCUACGCCGCACUUAUUCUUCACGGUCUAUUCUUCAUCCCGCAAGUCAAGCAUGCCCUUGCUCCCUGGCGCCCCUACAGCGACGCAUCCCAAGACGCAGAAACGUCUGAAAAAAUUGGCCUACCAUCCAGUGGCCCAGAGCUUACAAUCUGGUCCCUCAUGGAAAUAUUUGUAAACAUGGACCUCGCGCAAAUGAACGAGCUCAAUGCGGACAAUGCAAUAACAGCAUUCGCAGCCGAGCACUGGAGCACACCCGUCGAGCGUCCAGGAGAUGUCUCGUUCCACUUCUAUAAGGAACUGGCGUACGUCGUGGAGCCUGCGCUCGACCCCGACGACAUAUCCCCGUCUCAUUUGGCCAGACUUUUUCACUUCCGUUAUGGAAACAGCCAGGACGACCUCAGCGCCAUGCCCUUUGACCGAAGGGUAGACCUCGCCGUCGUCAGGGUCGACAUCCGCGGGACUGAGGACACGAACGACCUCGUCUCGUGCCUCGCGACCGAGCUCGGGCUAGCGGACCCCGCGGGGGACCCUGCGCGCCAGCAAGCGAUCCAUGCGAUGUCCGAGGUCGUCGCAUUCCAGCUCGUGCGCGACAACGCGGCACCGCCCACGUACAGCGCUGCAAGCGGGGCCGGGCGCGUCGAGCGCACGCCAUUCAGGUACCCGAAGCACGUGUAUUUGGACCAGUUCAUGAAAGAGAACCUUUCGCUGGCGAACCAGAAGCGCGAGAGGCAGCGCUCCCUGUAUGCGGAGGUGGACGCGCUCGUCGCGAAGAAGCAAUCGUUGACGCGGUUUAAGGACAGGGAUAUCCUCGCUGACCUCCAAUCCUCGCUGCAUUACUAUGAGGAAAUCGCCGAGCAUGGUGACGAUCCGGAGCGCAAGUCGGCCCUGCAUGAGACUUCGCUCAGGCUGCGCAAGAUUCUGACGCGCAUACAGAACGAGUUGCAAACUAUUGAGGCCUCGAUCACAGACCUCAGAAAGCAGGCCGCGAAGGCCCUCGAGUGUCCUGAAUUGCAGCAACAACGAUAUGACCUACGUGUCGUCCUCGUUCAUGACGGACUAUACGGCCGUAACCAUAUCUACUCAUACGUGAGACAGGGGGACGUCUGGUGGAAGACCGUCGAUCAUGUCGUGAACGAAGUAGGUCGCUCCGGCGUGGAUCAUGGACCUAUAUUGAUGUGUAUAUUCUGCUGCACGAAGGUCCCAGAAGAAACCGUUCUUAACGACACAGCCGGCCUGCAUCUUGGCGCAGGACCGUAUUUCCUUAUUUACAGCCGCGCGCUGCCAGAAGAGCAGGAGAAUAACUCGGUAAAGCACAACAACGCAUUGUUCUUGUCGACGUUGCCUCCCGAAGUCGUGGCGGAUCUACGCAACUCGACUUCGCCUCCAUCUUCACCCUGCCCUUCGGAGUUCACCAUGUCCUCCAAUACUGCCGAGCCUCCGACUUCAAGAGAAGAGCCCAUGGAUUUAGUGGAUUGA